GAUGAUUACAAAUCGUUGUAUUCAGCAUGGCGGUUCUUUUUCGUUAUCUGUAAAAAAGUGAAUUCUAUUUCAAUCUGUGUCAAAAACUUCAAUUUCGCGUUUUCCGUUUAGUAUUCCACGCAUAUUUUAAUGGAAAUUUGAGAAAAAUCAUCAACUGUACUCUUAAUCGUUCCUCAUUUUCCAAGUGUUCAUCAACAUUUCGUACGUCUCUGUACGUCUCGAUGGAAGUGGUAAGCAGACGAGAACUGGAAGAAUGUGUUUUGAAAAAAUACGACCCAAAUUCGGCCGGAAUCAUAGCCACAGCUCCGCUAGCAGCCGCUUAUGUGUUUGACCCAGAGACGGAAAAAUGGGAGAAACUAAACUGCGAAGACUGACUAGUUCUCAUUUAUAUCAACCUAUAAAUCGGCAGCUUCAACUGCAAGUAGAAAACUCGUAUUUACUGUAUAAAAACGAAAACGGCGUUAUUAUCGGAUUUUGGAUACACGAUCGAAAGUAUUUUGACAAAAUAUGCGACGAAAUCAAGAAAAUGUUGUACAGUAUUAAUUUACACUCGACCAGAGUCAACACACCUAAUGGUAAAGAUCCUGAAAUAAGUAAAAUGUUACGCAAAGUCGAAGAAGACAACCUAAGAGCGAAAUACGGAUUGAAAAAUUUACGGCGAGAUGAUGGAUCUACCAAAUCGACGUCAACGCCAUCGACACCAAACAGCGUUGCAGAAUUUUUCACCAACACCAACGGUGUAGAUAAAGAACUUCAAGCAGUCACAUCUUCGAACAACGUUACGAAAUUUUUCGCCAACGGUGUAGAUAAAGAACUUCAAGCAGUCACAUCUUCGAACAACGUUACGAAAUUUUUCGCCAACGGUGCUGAUAAAGAAUACCAAACAAUGAGUUCGAACAGCGUAACCAAGUUUUUCACCAACGGAGACAGAGAACUUCAAACGACGACGUCGAACAGCGUUACGAAAUUUUUCGAAAACGCUAGCAAAGUUUUCAAAAGUAAUAGUAAACCUGUACCUGUACCUGUGUUUAAUGAUAAUUACCAAAGUACUAAUGUUUUAAAGAAUUUAAUUUGUAAUCCGCAGUAUAACGUAGAAAGUAUUGAGAAAAAUCAACGAUACUCUUAUGUAGUAGAUGAAAUGUAAUAAUAUGAUGACUGGAUUACUCGACUUAAUUGUGAUCAGAUUUUAUUUUAAAUCACAGGUGUUAAUUAUUUUCUGAGUUGUUUUUUUUAUUUUUUUGUACUUGAACAAUAAAUAUUUUGCUUCGCUAGUUAAACAUA